AUGACUUCAAACGAGGUCUAUGUCCUUCCGUUGAAGGACAAUGGCGCGCCAGAUGUUCCUGGCGAGUACAUUUAUCUGGCAACCAAGACUUCGGACCCAAUCACCAUUCGCUUCGCGAUUGAAGGCACAUCUUCGAUAUGCCGGCAGGGAAGCUUAUGGGUCAACAUCCCAGAACAUGGUUCUGAGUUUCAGAGGAACUCUUUCAGGGAGUACAAGCUUGAUCCUGAUUUCAACCGAACGCUCGAGAUAUCAAUCCCUAUAUACGACGCGGGUGCAUUCGCCUACUAUGUCACCUACGCUGAGCUACCCCAACUCACGACCGAGCUCGAUUCCAACAAGUUGACCUCUUCUGAAAAGAAGAAGUCCCAACUCUAUUAUAUCGAUGUCGCCCCGAGGCUAUCCCUCGAGGGCAGUCCACUGCCACUUCCAGCAUUGUCCAUAUUCUCUGUAAUCAGCAAGUUCAUGGGUAAGUAUCCCACGGACUGGGAAAGGCACUUGCGCGGAAUCAGCGACAGGGGCUACAACAUGAUUCAUUUCACGCCACUUCAAGUCCGUGGGGCCUCAAACUCUCCAUACAGUUUGUAUGACCAGUUGGGAUGGGAUCCUGAUUGUUUCCCGAAAGGCGAGGCAGAUGUCCAGAAGAUGGUGGCGAGUCUUGAGCAGAACCACGGGCUUCUCAGUCUGACGGAUAUCGUUCUCAACCAUACUGCAGACAACACCAAAUGGCUCCAAGAGCACCCCGAGGCAGGCUACAACUUGACAACCGCGCCGUGGCUGGAAUCAGCCUACGUGCUGGAUACCAAGCUCCUUGAAUUUAGCUCACAACUUCAAGAGUUAGGUUACCCUAACGAGUUCAAAUCCGUGGACGAUCUUGUCAAAGUCAUGGAUGGAGUCAAGAAGCACGUUGUGGCCGAGAUUCGUCUCUGGGAAUACUAUGCGCUCAACGUCGAUCGUGACGUCGAUGCUGCCGUUGAGUCGUGGGCAGCUGGCAAGACUUCUGUUCCCGACGGCUCGGUUGGCGGCGAUUUGGACCACCUCAAGGAUGCUAGCGUCAAGGAUCAAGCAGAUUACUUGGUUGAGAACGGAUUGUUGAACAACGAUCGGUUGGGCGAACGUUUCCGGAGACGGAUCAACCCAACGCUUUCCGCGGCAUUGCUCGCUACAGUAUUCGGAAAAUACCGCGGUGAAGCCGACGAAGCCACAAUCCGCUCUAAGCUCGUUCAAAUCCUUGAUACUGCCAAUGUUAGGUUCUACGAAGAGUAUGACAAGGAGAUUGGAGACAUCUUGCAGCAACUCUUUGACCGAACCAAAUACAUGCGGAUUGAGGAUCACGGUCCAAAGCUAGGCCCCAUUACCGACGAGAACCCUCUUAUUGAGUCUUACUUCACACGGUUACCACAGAAUGAAGUCACAGCGAGACACAAGAAAGAGGAUUUGGUAUUGGCCAACAAUGGUUGGGUCUGGGCUGGAAACGCCUUGGUAGACAACGCCGGUCCGCAAUCCAGAGUGUACCUGCGUCGUGAAGUGAUCGUAUGGGGAGAUUGCGUCAAGCUUCGGUAUGGCAGUGGACCUCAGGACAGUCCAUGGCUUUGGGAGUACAUGACCAAAUAUGCUCGUACACUUGCCAAAUAUUUUGCCGGGUUCCGCAUUGACAACUGCCAUUCUACCCCGAUCCACGUUGCCGAGCACAUUCUUGAUGAAGCUCGCCGUGUCCGAUCGAACCUCUACGUGGUUGCUGAACUUUUCACUGGGUCGGAAGAGAUGGACUACGUUUUUGUGAAGAGAUUGGGAAUCAGUGCGUUGAUCCGAGAAGCUAUGCAGGCAUGGAGUACUGGCGAAAUGAGCAGGCUUGUUCAUCGCCAUGGUGGUCGCCCUAUCGGCAGCUUCGAAGUUGAUGAUGUAUCCAAAGCCAACUCUCAAGGUCUUGGCAGCCCACCGACCAGCCCUGGCGCUAACGGCACUGAUGGUCUGACGACGCGUGAAAUCAUUCGACGAAUCCAGCCAGUUCCUAUUCAAGCACUGUUUAUGGAUUGUACUCAUGACAAUGAGGUGCCGGCACAGAAGAGAGAUGCGCGUGAUACUCUGCCGAAUGCGGCGUUAGUGAGCAUGUGCUCCAGCGCUACCGGUAGUGUGAUGGGCUAUGAUGAAAUCUAUCCGAAACUUGUGGACCUGGUGAACGAGACUAGACUUUACACAUCGGAAUCUUCAGAUAAGGCUGUGAAAGUGGGUGGCGGUAAAGGAGGCAUCGGAGGAGUCAAGAAGCUACUCAACCAAAUCCACACGCUCAUGGGCAAGGAUGGCUAUGAUGAGACUCAUAUUCAUCACGAAGAUCAGUACAUUACAGUUCACAGGGUUCAUCCCGAAUCGAGAAAAGGAUACUUCCUGAUCGCACAUACGGCUUAUCCUGGCUAUGGCAAUGGAAACGGCGCCUUCAAUGCUGUGCAUCUCACAGGCACGAAAGCUCGACACCUCGGAAGCUGGAUGCUUGAGGUGGAGGCCGGUGAUGAGGCUCAAAAGGAGGUCAUCCAAGACAAGAAGUUCCUGAGAGGACUUCCCAGCCGCGUUGUCGAUGUGCCCGGAAUCCGGAUGGAGGUCAAGGGCGAUGAAACUACCAUCACUGUUCGUGAUAAGUUCCCUCCUGGCUCUAUUGCGCUUUUCGAGACCUGGAUCCCAGCUGCUGAGCAUUCGGCCGGCCUGGACAACUAUGUGACUUCCGGAGCCAAGGAUGCGAUGGCCGAGCUUGAUUUGGUGGAUCUGAACUUCUUACUUUACCGCUGCGAGGAAGAGGAGCGUGAUGGAAGUGAAGGUAAAGACGGGACUUACGAUAUCCCUGGAUACGGCAAGAUAGUGUAUGCUGGUCUGCAGGGCUGGUGGAGUAUACUCAAGGACGUUAUCAAAGACAACAACCUCGGCCACGCACUUUGCCAGAACCUACGUGAUGGACAGUGGGCCCUGGACUACACGCAGGGGCGCCUGGAACGGGCAAGUCAACAGUCCCACUGGUCAAAUCUUGCCAAGCCAGCGGCGUGGCUCAGUGAGCGCUUCGACGCCAUUCGGAAAAUCCCGAGCUUUUUACUGCCAAGGUACUUUGCGCUGGUGGUCAGAACAGCGUACAAGGCGGCAUGGGAGAGAGGUAUGGAUCUCAUGAACGAGAAUACACGUGAUGGCCAGUGGUUCCUCCAGAGUCUAGCCAUGGUUAGCGUGCAGCAGACCGGCCUUGUGAAGUCGGGAUCCUUGUGGCCAACAAAGCUGGUACCCUCGCUAGCUGCUGGUCUACCACAUUUUGCCGUAGAAUGGGCCCGCUGCUGGGGUCGUGAUGUUUUCAUCUCACUUCGUGGAUUGUACUUGGGCACAGGUCGUUUCGAUGAAGCUGCCGAGCAUAUCUUUGCAUUUGCAAGCGUCCUCAAGCACGGCAUGAUCCCGAACCUGCUCAGUAGCGGAAACCUGCCGAGGUAUAACAGCAGAGAUUCCGUCUGGUUCUUCCUACAAACAAUCCAGGACUACACUCGCUUCGCCCCUAAUGGCGUUGACUUCUUGAAGCGAAAGGUGAAGCGUCGAUUCUUACCCUACGAUGACACUUGGUUCCCCUCGGACGACUCUCGAGCCUACUCAAAGGAGAGCCUUAUCCAAGAUGUUAUCCAAGAAGCUUUGCAGCGUCACGCUUCUGGCAUGAAGUUCCGAGAAGCCAAUGCUGGCCCUAGCAUUGACUCCCAAAUGAAAGACAACGGCUUCAACCAAGAAAUCAAUGUUGAUUGGUCCAACGGUAUCAUCUUCGGUGGUAACCAAGACAAUUGCGGAACCUGGAUGGAUAAGAUGGGAGAGAGUGAGCGCGCUGGCUCAAAGGGUGUCCCGGGAACACCAAGAGACGGUGCUGCCAUUGAGAUCACUGGACUCCUCUACAGCACACUGAGAUGGGUUGCCAAGCUGAGCUCAGAGGGCAAAUAUCCUUACAAGGGUGUCAAGAAGCCCGACGGCUCGGAAAUCUCUUUCUCUGAUUGGGCCGACUUGAUCAAGUCCAGCUUCGAACACAGUUACUAUGUGCCGAGCGACCCGUCUGAGGACAGCAAGUAUAUUGUCAACUCGCAGGUUGUUAACCGCAGAGGCAUCUACAAGGAUCUUUUCCGUUCUGGAAAGGAAUACGAAGACUACCAGCUCCGGCCUAACUUUGCCAUCGCCAUGACUGUUGCACCCGACUUGUUUGACGCAGAACAUGCUUGGGGUUGCUUGAUUCUUGCAGACAAGGCUCUGCGCGGUCCCACUGGAAUGGCCACCCUGGACCCUGCUGAUCUCAACUAUCGCCCCUACUAUGUCAACAGUGAGGAUAGCGAGGACUUUGCUACGUCGAAGGGCAGAAAUUAUCAUCAAGGUCCGGAGUGGAUCUGGCCUACUGGGUUCUUCCUCCGUGCAUUGCUGAAAUUCGACCUCAAGCGACGUAAGGAUAGCCAAGAAGGCCGGGUCGAGGCCUUCCAGCAGGUGACAAGACGUCUUCAAGGCUGCAAGGAAAUGAUCCAGAGCAGCCCUUGGGCGGGUCUGCAAGAGUUAACUCAGAAGAAUGGCGAAUAUUGUGGUGACUCGAGUCCUACACAAGCCUGGAGUGCGGGUUGCUUGAUCGAUCUGUACAUGGAUGCUGCGGAGUAUACCAAGGAGGGUUAG